UUAGCCCCUGCAGCAACAUACACACGAAGUCAGCUACGCCGACGAAAAUAUAUUGCUUGAAUUCCCGGAAUGACGAGCUCAACAAACCUGGUCUGGAGGCGAGAACAACUUUCUUCACCAGCAUCUUUGAAAGUGUAUAUUUUAUUAUCCAGAAGUAAUGCACUCACGCUGUUUUGUUUGUUGACAUCAAGUUUAAAGUGAGAUCUUUCCUCUAUGCUAACAUCCGGUUUGGUUUGCGUUUGAUCAAAAGCACGCGUCGUAACUUUUCACGUACUUUUACAUUUUAAACUGUAACGUAAACAUAAAAUAUAGUUUUUAGUCAUAUGUUUGGCUUGGGAGUGAAUGUGCACAAUGCGUGGGUCUAUUUCUGUGAAAGUGCGACGUCACUUCGACCGACAUUACUCCGAUGCGGGCUGAGGAUUAGAAACCUUUUGGACUUCGCCUGAGCUGCAAAAGGGAAGAUACUUCUUUUGUGACUUCUGCGUUUUCAUUGGGAGUUUUUCUGCUUUACUUCGGCGUAUUGAUGCUCGCCAUGAGCGUGCCAGCCCCGCAGAAACCUGGUGCAAAAAGGACGGGCAAACGCAUCACCUUUUUCUCCGAUCAAGCCGCCGCCGCCGCCAUGAAGGAGGGCCCCCAGCAACCCGAAGGGGCCUACUACGUCCAGGCGGGCGCCGCAUCCGCACCCGGGAAAGUCGCGCUUGCGAGCGGCGCCGCCUCCUCCAACCCGGACGCCCCUCCCCACGUGUACCUCAACUCGGUCAUCUUCAGCCCGGAUAAGGGCGACCAGAACCGGGGCCAUUAUCAGCAGACCGUCCCCAUGAAGUGGCCCCAGCAGGAGCCCGAUCGGCAGCAGCCGUCGCUGUCCCAGCAUCAGAGGGCCACCACCUGGACCACCAUGGCGAACUGGGGACAGACCUUCGCAAACUACCUGGGGGGCGUCAACGUGACGGACUCCAGGAACCAGGCCGCCUUCGGAAAGGCCGCGCAGGAUACGAGCAAGGCCAGGGACGUCUACAGGGAGGCGGCAGAGGCUCGGAAUCUGGAGUGGGAGCAGCAACAGGUCUUCCAGGAGACUCUAAAACCGGGGGCGCUGAAUCCCCAGCCAAGUAAUGCCUCCCAGCAGGGGGGCAACUCGGUCUUGCAGCCUUUCCAGUUAGCCUUUGGUCAGCCCAGGCAGCACCUUCCUGCCUACUACCAAACCUUCCAAGGCAACACCAGGCUACCUAACCCCCCCAACUACUCGGUGCAGGACAAACCCCCCAAGCAGCUCAAGCGGGACCGGCUCAUCCAGCAGCAGCUGCAACAGCAGCAGCGCCUUCAAUUGCAGCAGCAGCAGAUGGUUCAACAGCAAAAGAUGAAGCAGCAGCAAAUGCAACAUCAGCAGUUGCAACAACAAAGCUCGCAUGUGCUGGACUGUUACCCCCCUGCUCCCAACACGCACCCGCACCCACAACCUGUGGUCCUUCUCUCCCAGGAGUGCUCCACGUCCGCUCCCCCCAACAACAUCCCGGAACCGAUCAUCCAGGACGUCACCCCAGAUCCCUGGCAGCCCUCAGAUCCGCCUCUUCUGUCCCAGGCGCCGCUCCUGCCGGACCCCUUCUCCCAGGCGCAGCUCCCGCCGGAUACCUUGUCCCAGACGCAGCUCCGCAGGUCGCGCCGCCUCUCCAAAGAAGGGGGGGCGCCGUCGGACAGCGACCCUUUUCUCGCCGCCUCCGACCAGGCGGCCCCGGGAAUGCGGGUCCCCCACAACGGGACCCGCGACGUCCCUGCCGCCCCGACCGGCGUCAUCCAGAGCACGCACAGGAAGCGCAGGGUGUCCCAGGAGGUCAACCUCGAGACUUUGGCGCAAAAAGCGUCGGAGAUGGAGACGCUACCGUCACACGGCGUGAAGGAGGCCAGCAGACCAUGGACAUCUUCCCAGCAGGGGCCGAACACCAAGCGUCCGCGAGACGACAGCCUGCUGCCUCUCGUCAUCCCCGUGUCAGUGCCGGUGUGUCCCCUCGACCCCUCGGAACCCGACCGGGACGGAGCUGCUGUGGCAAGCGUCUGGCCGCCGAGGACUACCGACCCGCCGGAGCUGGGCGGCGCCGAACGCAAGCCCUCGGUCAUCGUAACCCGGCGACGCUCGCUGAGGAACUCCCCGUCGGAGAGCUCGGAGCAGAACGGCGGCGUCGAUUGCGAGCGGGAUGACGACGCCAAACGGGUGAAGCGGCGCCCGAGGCCGGAGCCCCUCUUCAUCCCGCCGCCCAAACCCGGCGUGUUCAUCGCUCCGCCCCUCUACUCCAGCAUCACCCCCUACCAGAGCCACCUCCGCUCCCCCGUCCGCCCGGCCGACAACGCCAUGCCGCCCUACACGCCGCCGCCCAUCCUCAGCCCCGUGCGCGAGGGCUCGGGCCUCUACUUCUCCACCUUCCUUUCCUCCGCCGGGGGCCUGGCGCCGCCCGCCACCCCCAAGUCGGCCACACGCAGCCUCCUGCGCUCCAGUAGCUGUGACAUGACGCCGCCAGUCCUCUGCGCCAUGACCGAGGUCACGCCAGUCAGCAUGGAGCCACGGAUAAAUAUCGGGUCUCAGUACCAGGCGGAGGUGCCGGAACUGAGGCAGCGCUCACUGGUGGAUCUGGAUCCGCAUCAAGCGGAGCUGGUCUGGGAGCCGCCGACCCACCUGGAGGACACGCCAGACUACCAGAAAAGAGUCAGAGACCUCAUGCACCUGGCCUGCUCCAGCGCCUUGUGGGGAGGAGGCACCAACCAGGAGCUGGCGCACCACUGUCUCCACCAGUGCAGGGGCGACAUCAUGGCCACUUUGUCUAUGCUCAUGCUGAAGAAUCCUCUUUUCCCCAAGUCCCAGUCUUUGUCCAACUACCACUACUCAGGUUCAGACAGCUGGUCGGCAGCAGAGCGACGUCACUUCAACAAAGGCCUCGGCGGCCACAAGAAGGACUUCUUCAUGGUGCAGAAGAUGGUGCGCAGUAAGACGGUGGCACAGUGUGUGGAGUUCUACUACUCCCACAAGAAGCACGUCAAGCUGGGACGUAACGGGACGGCGUUUUACGGCGAGGCCGUGACCUCGGAGAUCCACGCCCACGUGGCGACGGAGCACCAGGUCUCGCACGGUGACCAGCAGCAGGAGGACAGCAGGAAGCAGGAGGAGUCAGCUGACAGGAAACAGGAAGUCGGCCCUCCCGGGGCGGGGCUCUUGCCGCCGUCUGCCGAGAACCUCACAACUGUCCUGAUCAUGAGAACUCAGGAUGACAUCAUCGAGAGAGAUAAGCCGCCGCCCCCGCCGUCGCCGCCUCCUCACUUGGGCUCCGCCCCUCGUCCGCCCCCUCCCGGCCCAAAAAAGCAGCACAAGGACGGCGCCAGGAUGGUCCCGCCCCCGGCCAGCAAAGGCACCGCCGGCCCCGAGGGGGAGUUUCCCUGCAAGAAAUGCGGCAGGAUCUUCUACAAGGUGAAGAGUCGCAGCGCCCACAUGAAGAGCCACGCCGAGCAGGAGAAGAAGGCCGCCGCCCUGCGCCAGAAGGAGGCGGAGGACCGCGCCGCCGCCGCUCAGGCCGCCACCGCCGCGGCAUUCGUGGCCGCCCGGCAACAGAACGGAGCCCGGCCGGCGGGCGGAGACAGCGAGGACGACGAGGCCUCGACGGACAGUGGCGAGGACGACUACUGGCAGUGGCGAGGAAGGACAUGAGGACUUUGACGGCAUUUUCAGGGAAACGUAUGUGUGUGUGUGUGUGUGUGUGUGUGUGUGUGUGCGUGUGUGUGUGUGAAGCAGCACAAAUGCCAUUUUCCAAGAGGUCUGUCACGCCAAUCAAAACUGCAAUGAGGUUGUUGUUUUUUUGCUGACUAUCGCCAAGCCACGCCCACUCUUAGCACUUUGCACCCCCUGGGAUCUCAACACACAUUUGUAUUACUAUUAUUACUAUUAUUACUAUUAGAGAUGUCCGAUAAUAUCAGACUGACGACAGUAUCGGCCGAUAAAUGCUUUUAAAUGUAAUAUCGGAAAUUGUCGGUAUCGGUUUCAAAAAGUACAAACCCCGUUUCCACAUGAGUUGGGAAAUUGUGUUAGAUGUAAAUAUAAACAGAAUACAAUGAUUUGCAAAUCCUUUUCAAGCCAUAUUCAGUUGAAUAUGCUACAAAGACAACAUAUUUGAUGUUCAAACUCAUAAACAUUUUUAGCUUUUUUGCAAAUAAUCAUUAACUUUAGAAUUUGAUGCCAGUAACAGUGCUUGGUGGUCUGAGAAUCUGGAGAAAUCACUGCACGUAAGCGAUGAUGUUACGGUCUUUUGAUCCCUCAGUCGGUACUGCAUCAAAAACUGACAUCGGCGUGUAAAGGAUAUCACCACAUGGGCUCAGGAACACUUCAGAAAACCACUGUCAGUAACUGCAGUUGGUCGCUACAUCUGUAAGUGCAAGUUAAAACUCUACUACGCAAAGCGAAAGCCAUUUAUCAACAACACCCAGAAACGCCGCCGGCUUUGCCAGGCCCGAGCUCAUCUAAAAUGGACUGAUGCUCAGUGUGAACCUUAAAUAUUUUGUCUUUGCAGUCUAUUCAAUUGACAAUAAGUUAAAAAGGAUUUGCAAAUCAUUGUAGUCUCUUUUUAUUUACCAUUUACACACACUGGUUUUGGGUUUUGUAAUAUUGUGUGAUAUGAAUAUGAAUUUUGACGUCAAACAAUACUCUUAAAAUACGAACUAAAUGACAUUAAAAUAUAAUAAUGAAAUAAAUACAAACCCCGUUUCCAUAUGAGUUGGGAAAUUGUGUUAGAUGUAAAUAUAAACAGAAUACAAUGAUUUGCAAAUCCUUUUCAAGCCAUAUUCAGUUGAAUAUGCUACAAAGACAACAUAUUUGAUGUUCAAACUCAUACUUUUUUUUUUUUCUAAAUAAUAAUUAACUUAGAAUUUGCAUGGCUGCAACAUGUGCCAAAGUAGUUGGGAAAGGGCAUGUUCACCACUGUGUUACAUCACCUUUUCUUUUAACAACACUCAAUAAACGUUUGGGAACUGAGGAAACUAA